AUGGCAGUUGAAAAGAGCGCGGAAAUCGAGUUGAUUACGACGAAUGCCAGGUUCUCCAGAGCCGGCCUUCGGCACCUUGUCGACGGGGUGAUCGAUUUCGUUGCUGGAAUAGCAGCUGGAGUCGCAUGCGUAUAUUCCGGACAACCUUUGGACACUGUAAAGGUGAAGAUGCAAACAUUUCCAAAGCUUUACACAGGCAUGAAAAUGUGCCUCGCUGAAACGUUCAGGCAGGACGGCGUGAGGGGCCUUUAUGCAGGUUCGGUUCCAGCUCUAGCAGCGAACGUCGCAGAAAACUCAGUGGUAUUUCUCGCCUAUGGUUUUUGCCAGAAGUUUGUCGCCUUGAUGUCUAGAAAGGAGCGGGUCGCUGAUCUUCAUCCGGUCGAAAGCGCUUGUGCUGGCUCUUUAGCGGCAGUCUUCGCAACGAUGGUACUCUGUCCAACAGAGCUGAUCAAAUGUCGUCUCCAGUCCGUACGAGAAACGAGUGGCGGAGCUUGUCGAGACAUAGGUGCUUACUCGAUAACACGGGAAAUUCUGUGUAAAGAAGGUUUCAGAGGCUUAUUUCAUGGACUUUUGCCAACAGUCGCCCGCGAAGUUCCAGGAUACUUCUUUUUCUUUGGUAGCUACGAAUUGAGCCGGUAUUUAAUGGCCCAACCAGGCCGAUCGAAGGAGCAUAUCGGUGAGUAG